UCAUGAAAUGGAUUCAGUGUAUGAAAAUGAUAGCUUUAUACUUCCAACAGUUGCUUCAGGUGAAAAAUGCUCUCGAUACAAAGGUAACUCCACUGAAGAGCAAGAAAGUGAGAGAGAAGUUUAUCUCCCUAAACGGACUAAAGUUCUUCUAAUUUUUUUUGCUGUCAGUCUGGUUUUUGCUCUUGGAGGUCUCUGUAUUCUGGGGAUACUGUAUGCCAAUGUUUUAAUGCAACUGUCUGCCCAGAAAACUAACAACACAAUCAUGUCAAGACGGAUUGAGGAAAUUACAACCAAUUACACCAGAGUUAGAGAACAUCUCCACAACAACGAUAUCAUAGUGAGAAACAUUGAGGAACUUACAGCCAACUACACCAGAGUUAGAGAACAACUGUCCUUUUAUGAAGCAUUUACAGCUGAGUCUUUGAACUGUGACAUGAGCUGGACAAAUUUUCAUGGAAAGUUGUACUUCUUCAGCUCUAAUAAAAUGGACUGGUCAAGGAGCCGUGCUUUCUGUUUUUCAAAAGGAGCUGAUCUGGUCACCAUAACCAGCCAAACAGAACAGAGGUUACUGACUUCUAAAAUUAAAGCAUGGUACUGGAUUGGUCUCAAUGACCUGGAAACUGAAGGACACUGGGUUUGGGUGAAUAACCAAACUCUCAAUGAAACUGGAGUACAGUUUUGGCACAAGAGAGAAUCUGGAAAAAGUGAACCUGAUAACUGGAAAGAGGGGCUUACUGGAGAGAACUGUGCAAUUGUGAAAAAUGAUUUCAACUAUUUAGACAGUUGGUUUGAUGUUUUUUGCCAUUCUGUGAUGAAGUUUAUCUGUGAAAAGAAAUAUUAAUUUACCUUCUUCAGUGGUGAUAAUAUUGAUGAGGUCUAUU